GGAAGGUCAGAGGUGAGCGGCGGCAGCAGGUGCCCGGGGGCCUUGGGAGUGGAAGCGUCUCUGGCCAUCAAAAGAAAUAGCAAGCUGGACCCUUCGUCCCAGGACGCAGGCACCUGCCACAGAGCAUCAGGCUGCGGGGCCGGCCAGGGGGUCCUGCAGCCUGAACAGGGGAGUGGCUGCAGUGGCCCAUGUGUGCACGGGCAGCGCUGGGGAGUUCGGACCCAGGCGAAGGCGGUGUGCAAUGUCUCGCGUGAGGCCGGCAGCCGUGGGCUGGGCUGGGUAGGGUCCUGGCUCGCUGGCUCCCGCAGGCCAGCCCUCACGGGCUCGGGGCUCUGGGGGUCCCUCACUCCCACCGCCCACCGGCUGGGCCUCCUCCGCUCCUCCCAACUGCCCUUGAUUGGCGCCUCUCUGCUGAGAUGGAGACGUGAGCCUGCGGCGACGGUGACAAUGACAGCCGUGUGUGUGAAUGGAGGUGGCCUGGUGAGCCCCCACUACGCCCGGUGGGACCGGCGGGAGAGCGUGGAGAGCGGCCGUCACACAGACUGCAGCCAGGAGGACGAGGGGCAGGCCCGCCAGCUGACACCCUUUGAGAAGCUGACCCAGGACAUGUCCCAGGACGAGAAGGUGGUGAGAGAGAUCACGCUGGGGAAACGGAUCGGCUUCUACCGAAUUCGAGGGGAAAUCGGAAGUGGGAACUUUUCCCAAGUCAAGCUCGGGAUUCACUCCCUGACCAAAGAAAAGGUGGCCAUUAAGAUCCUGGACAAGACCAAGUUAGACCAGAAAACCCAACGGCUACUGUCCCGCGAGAUCUCCAGCAUGGAAAAGCUGCACCACCCCAACAUCAUCCGCCUCUACGAAGUCGUGGAGACCCUGUCCAAGCUCCACCUGGUGAUGGAGUACGCAGGCGGUGGGGAGCUCUUUGGGAAAAUCAGCAAUGAGGGGAAGCUCUCGGAACCAGAAAGCAAGCUCAUCUUCUCCCAGAUCGUGUCUGCCGUGAAGCACAUGCACGACAACCAGAUCAUUCACCGAGAUCUGAAGGCGGAGAACGUGUUCUACACCAGCAGCACCUGCGUGAAGGUGGGCGACUUCGGGUUCAGCACCGUGAGCCGGAAAGGCGACGUGCUCAACACGUUCUGCGGGUCGCCCCCCUACGCCGCGCCCGAGCUCUUCCGCGACGAGCAGUACGUGGGCGCGCACGUGGACGUCUGGGCGCUGGGGGUGCUGCUCUACUUCAUGGUGACGGGCACCAUGCCUUUCCGGGCCGAGACCGUGGCCAAGCUGAAGAAGAGCAUCCUCGAGGGCGCCUACCCCGUGCCCCCCGACGUGUCGGCGCCCUGCCUCCGGCUCAUCCGGGGCGUCCUCCAGCCCGUGCCCGCCGAGCGCUUCGGCAUCGACUCGAUCAUGAACGACGCGUGGAUGCAAGGGGUGCCGUACCCCACCCCUCUGGAACCGUUCCAGCUGGAUCCCAAACAUCUGUCCGAAACCAGCACCCUCAAAGAAGAAGAAAACGAGGUCAAGAGCACGUUAGCGCAUUUGGGGAUCACAGAAGAGCACAUUCGGAACAACCAGGGAAGGGAUGCCCGGAGCUCCAUCACGGGCGUCUACCGGAUCGUUCUGCACAGGGUCCAGAGGAAGAAGGCGUCGGAAAGUGUCCCGGUAAUGAUGCUACCAGACCCGAAAGAAAGGGACCUAAAGAAAGGGUCCCGUGUCUACAGAGGCAUGAGACACACAUCCAAAUUUUGUUCAAUUUUAUAA